CUCACAUGUGGGUUUGGAUAUGAGUCUUUCUGUAAGCAUGGAAAUGAAAUAAUACAAGUUAAAAAGAUGGGUGAAGAAAUGGAAGUGGAUGCUAUAAAGCCAACUAAGGAUGUGAAAGUCACUUCUUCAGUGCUGGAUGCAUUUGAUUUGCUCAAAGCGUCCGAUAAAGAUUCCAAGCUUAACGGUGGCGCUAAAAUAAUUUCACGACUACAACAAGGCGACGAGGAGAACGGAAAGGAGCUUGGGUAUGUUUUAAAAAGGCUAGUCAGAAGUCUCGGUGCCAAUGUCCCGGACAUUCGGACAGGUUACUUUGCUACCCUAGUCACACUCUUGAAGAAGUUUCAAGUAACUGUUGCUCAGCUGUUGAAACUCGUUAAGCAAGAGUUACACGCCAAUGGAUCCUCUAAAAGUGAAGUUGGUGAUGUGGCACUGGGACAACUCCUAGUUUGCUGUGCCAUUUUCCGCUCCGGCCACAUGCUGAGGUGCUCCGAGGACGAGCAGAAAGAAAUACUACUUUUCCUGAAAGCCAGCUCUAAGAAGUCAUACCUGGGCACAGCAGCAUACUUAAUACUACUAGAUUUCAUUAAUGGGCUAAAUGAGGAUCAGUUCUCAACAAUAGUGUGGCCUCACAUCAAGCAAGAGUUCAAGAAGGAACUAAAAGAGCACUCGCUAGACUCUCUCUACUUCCUAAUGGUCGUCAGCAACAAGUUCCCGGAGAAGGUCAAGCUUCGGAAACUGCUGGGUGUAACUCACAUACUGUGUGAAGACAACAUACAUGCUAUUUGUGAAAAACUUAUGAGUGGCAUAGACUUCAACUCCCUAAGUCACCCAAUAUUCAAAGAAAUAGGUCUAAGAAUCGCCGAAUCCCCACACCUCGUCCUCUUCUGGACGUCAGGCAUCGACAGCCAGCUGGUCAAACACAACAGGAACAGAGAACUAGUAGCCGUCAAUAUGCUCACCACCAUACUCAACAACUUGAAAGAUAAUGUGGAAGCCAUCCCAGAGUUGAUCAGCAAGAACUUUUUCAAACUCUUCAUGGACUGGUUCAAAGGCCUCCAAACAGCCAGUAAGAUUAGAAACAAAAGAGAAAAUGAGGAUGAUCAUAAAAUAAUGAUCAAAAAGGAAAAAGAUUUGCUAAACGCUCUGAAUAAAGCUCUUAAAUCUGAAAAGGUUGUCAGCAAAAUCCGUGUAGAAGUGUUAAAGAAAUUGUUGUUUGACCCUGGUGAGUUGAAUUUCACUGAAAUCACAGGUACGAGUAUUGUCAAAUCUAUUAUAGCUGACCUUGAUAAAGAUGGAGUAAAGAAAUUGGCAAAGAAAUUCAGAGGUAUACUGUCAAACACUGACAAGUUUGUAAGAGGGGAUGUUGAAAGAAACUGGUUCAACAACGAAAGGAUGAGAGCUGCAGAACUUAUAUCGUACCUCGUGACCCACGACGCGGUUAAAGACGACACGGAGUUUAAGCUGACGCAUAUGAAGUUGCUCAUGUGCUUCGGUUUCUUUAAGAUCAGCAGUGGAGACAAUGGGACCGUCAGCAGUGAUUUAUCAACUUGCACCAAGUCUUGCUUCUACCGCUGCUUCACGUCCCGCUUCACAAACGUGGACAGCCUAGUCGAAGUCCUCUCCUCUCUCGCAGAUUUCAUCAACACCAUCCUGCAGAAGGAACAAGUCCGCGCCAAACUGGAGAAACAGUUUCCUAAAGAAAACAUGGAGUGCUGGGAACUGCUCACUGAAGUCACCGGCAAAAUACAACAGAAUGAACCUAAAUCCAAAAUUGAUAAGGUCUUCCUUGUACUACUCUACCAACUUGGUUUGUUCUUAUUCUCUGAGCCGGACCAUGUCAAAAUGGCAAGAAGUUCCAUUAAAGAAUUGAAAAGUUGCUAUGACCAUUACAGGAAAGGGCAAAAGAAAAAUAAAAAGAAAAUAAAGGAGGGCAGUUUAGCUGAAGAGGAGCCAGAAUGGAUAGAAGUCUUAAUCGAAGUUCUAUUAUCUAUUUUGUCCACUGAGUCAAGUGUUCUUAGGUCUGUGGUCCAAUGUGUGUUUAGAUUGCUUUGGGAGUACAUAACACCUACAUCAGUGGGACAGAUCCUUUCUGUAUUGGACCCUGACAGUGAAAAUAAUCCAUUGACAGAAGACAGUGAGUCUGAAGAUGGUGAUGAUGACAAAAGUGAAUCUGAAGAUGACAAUGCCGAUGAUGAUAAUGAUGAGAAUGAAAAAGAAAAUGAUGAUGAGGACAGUGAUAGUGAUGUGGAUGAGGAUGACAAAGUGACGGUUCCAGACCAACUCAGGAUAGCAGUUCAGAAAGCUCUGGGCGCCGCUGCAGACUCCGACGUAGAAAGCGUCGAUGCCGAUAUGAUCGAUGAAGAAGAGGGCCAUAAACUAGAUGAAGCCCUUGCAGAAGCCUUCAGGCAGUUCAACCAGGGCAAAGGCAAAAAGACCAAAAAGGACCGCAAAGACAAAAAAGCCCUCUCCGAUUUUAGAAUAAGAGCUCUAGACUUAAUCGACAUUUACUUAGAAAAAGAACUGUCCAUGGACAUAUGCUUGGGAAUGAUCGCGCCUCUCACGCGAUGCCUGGAAUUCUGCAUCCAGGACACCCAGUUCAGCGAGUUGGAAAACAGAGUACGAAAAACGAUAAAAACGCUAACGAAAAUCCGGAAAUUUUCAUCCACAGAAGGAAUAACUAUAGAUAUUUUAUGUGACAAUCUAAAAUCUAUAAUUGACAAAGGAUCCAGAUCCCAUUUCAUGUUCCAAGCCGUUGGCGAUAUUAUAACACAAUUCGCCACAUUCAUUAUACACUGCUCUUUAAAAAUCGAAGGCAAUGCCAACCCGAAAAAGUCGCCUAAAAAGCAAAAGCAGUCCACGUCGCCACUUAUAACAAUAUUCCAAGAAGCGCUACAAAGUUACUUCCAAAACCGAAACUGUCUGUUGCCGAUCAUUUUCUUCCACAGCGUCUUGCAAACGGAAUGGAACGGGAAUUAUGAACUCGUGCCUGUUAUUGUAGACAAUGUAUUCAAUGACAACGUCAGACAAUUCAGACGAAACGAAGGUCUCGAACUCAUGACUGGAUUUUACCGGUCCCUGAAACGGUCCAAGCCUACAGGCGAAGCCUUAAACAAGCUGAACAAUCUUGAAACCGACUUCCAAAACAAAUUAUUCAGUACCUUAAAAAGUGAUAGUGGGUUCGAAGCUAAGAAGAACUUCUUCAACAUAUUGAAGAAGUUGAUAAAUAUCAUGAAAGCGUUCCAUGAAAGCUGCCAUAUUCCUUCAAAUAUCAACUUCAAAACAGUGACGGAAUUAGUAGGAACUUCUAAAGGUACCGCCAAAAAGAAUGUAGCUCAGACUCAAGAGCCUAAGCAGAACCAGCAGACCAAGAAACAGAAUACUAAAAAGAAAAAGCGAAAGUUGGAGAAAAUGAAUGGCCACGCGGAACCGGCGGGGAAGAAGAUGAAAAAGAGUUCCGAAAGUGAAUAAGUGUUAACUUAAGUUACAAUAUACAUUUUUUCGAAUAAAAUUUUAAUAAAUCGA